AUGGACAGGAGGAAGGGAACUCCUGAUUGGCUGGUGGACGAAGGGGUGGGACUUCAGCCCCAACCUGGCCCCACAGGGCUGGCUGAGGUUUCGUUUUGGAGGCAGAGAGGCACUCGGGCUGGUUUCCAGGACAAGCGUUUGGCAAGCCCAGCCCUUGAAAUCAUUGGGACACUGCACUCUGUUGCCCCUGUCCCAGGCUCACUCUCUGCCUGGGUGAGACGUUACCCCUCACCCACCAGCCUGUUUUGUCCUGGCCCCUCUGGGGUUAUGGGGUCAUUUUCCCUCACCUCUGCUCAAUGCACAUGCACCCACAGGCUUCACUUCCUUCCUGGCCUGCCUCAGCUUCCUGAGAGUGCUCCGGCAGCCACUGGUGAGGAGGGGUCUGCACCUCCUUCCUCCUAG